GCACAAAUGAAAAAGCAAACAAACUUUCUUUGCAGCAGGGCAGGUUGCUCUCAAUUCCUUCCCAACUUAACAGACAAACAAAAAGUAACUUUGUUAGAAAUGGGAAAACCCAAUUCUUUCACUCCAAACACCAACCAAUCCUUAUCCGCAUAACCAAAACAGUACCCUACAAAUUACAAACUGCUCCAUAAUCAGUAAUCACACACACACCCCUGCUUCUUCUCAUCUACCCAAACAAAUACCCCCAAUUUAUAAUCCUUCUCCAUUUGACCUCAAAAUUAUCAUAACCUACAAACUAGUCAUCCUUCACCUAUUGGGUAGCUUCACUCUGCCUAGUUUGCCAAACAGAUUGCUGGGUCUCCCUUCUCCUGUACCAUUAUGUCACCAUCUCUGUACCAGCCUAACAAGGUCUUCUUUUUCCCAUAUUUUUUCAGAAAAGAAAACCCAACUAAAAGAUGGAAAAAUGUUUACUUCGCCUUACCCAGCAGCUUAUCCCAGCUCCUCCGGCCGGUCGAGAGAUUGGACCCGCCGGCGACCUGAAACCCACCGUAACCGGAUCAUGCACACACCAGUGGAACUCCGGGUCUCCACCCCUGGAACACUCUCCACAAACCACGCCUUCGCCUCGGCCCUCGCUCAUCGGCGAUCUGUCCCCCGAGUCCAGGCUCAGCGAUUCCAGUCCCAGACGGGAGAGCAAUCCCACGUUCAUCAGGUACCUCUCCUUCUCCACUUGCAGCUCCUUCAUCCGCCUCUCGUACCCGGACAGCCCCAAAUCCAGCUCCCAAGGAAACCCGUACCCGUCCGUGCCUCGCCUCAGUAGCAUCACGUUCCCCGGCAGAUGGAAGCGGCGGCGGCGGUGGCUCUCCGCUGUUGUCCGCACCGCCGCGGGGCUCCUCCGCCUCCGUUCGCGCCUGGAUCGCUUCAGGAGCACCAGGAAGAAAUACCCCUUGUUCCGCAUGACUGUGGAGAAGUUCGUCUUCUCCGUGACCGGGAUUCGGAACCCGCGGCGAUGCCUGUCGCCCACGUGGACGGAGAAUUGGUGAAAGGCGAGCCCGAUUCGGUUGCUGAUGAUCGAUUUGAAGGCCUUGAAAUUCAUGGAAGGGAGGAGCACCACCCGGCCGACAUUGAUCUCUUGAUCUCUGUCGAGCAGAACCACCGGGAACGACAGCUCCGACACCACCGCCGCAGCGAUCGCCUCCUCCUCGUCCCUCAUCGUGAAAUUGAAGACCAGCAACGAUUUCUACCCAAAAAAAAGAAGACCAGAAAGGAUAGAGUGGGGAUUGGGUAAUUCACUAAUUUGGGCGAAAAGCUCUACAGGGGAGAAAGCAGGGAACGGGGUUUGCAUAUAUAUGAUAUAUCCAUGGCGGGUUUUAAAAAUUAAAACCAUCUCUGGACAGUGGUGAAAGAAAGAGGAAGGCGGUGAGGGUAUUUUGGGGAAUAAAGAAAAUAAUUUAACGGCGUUACAGAGAACGUGAGCUCCGAGCCGAGUACUCAGAGAGACGGAGUAUAUAACCGCGGGUGACGCCAGGCUUGGGGGCCAAGGAAGCGAAACUCGGAGGUGAAACGACGCGGGAUGAGGUCGUGUGAGGUUCUGAGAAGCUCGCAGCUCUAUCUCGUCGGCGAUGGACGAGACUGCCCGUGGAAACCGGUCAAAUUGUACAGGGUACCCCUGCUUAUCUGCAAGAAGAGCAGUAAGCCUUCUUCUUCUUCAAGCUCCAGUAAUGGCUUCUCUGCCUCGGUUUCGUUAUCAGUGGAGAAAGCAGCUGGGCCGGCGACCGCCUUCUCCAUGGAAAGCCCACCCCGUGGGUAUCGUAAAAAUGUCGGGAUUUGUCUCGUCAAUCCCACUUCCAAAAUGAUUUUCGCGGCGUCGAGGAUAAACAUCCCGGAUACUUGGCAAAUGCCUCAGGGAGGCCCUGACGAGGGAGAAGAUCUCAGAAACGCGGCAAUGAGAGAGUUGAGGGAGGAAACAGGAGUUACUUCAGCUGAGUUUCUUGCUGAGGCACCCUACUGGCUGACUUAUGAUUUCCCACUUCCAAUUAGAGACAGGCUUAAUCGGAGAUGGGGUACCAACUACAAGGGUCAAGCUCAAAAGUGGUUUCUUUUCAAGUUUACUGGAAAGGAGGAAGAAAUUAACCUUUUGGGAGAUGGAUCUGAAAAGCCAGAAUUCAAGCACUGGACAUGGAUGCCACCUGAGCAAGUCGUUGAACUUGCUGUGCAUUUCAAGAAGCCAGUAUAUCAGGAAGUUAUGGACUUGUUUAAUCCAUUAAUCCAGGAUGAUGGCGAUGCAAAACUGCAAGACGAGACUAGUUCCAGACUCCAUACCGAGCUAUCUCCAGUAAAAACUAGAGGAGUUGGAGGAGGUACAGCCAUCUCCAGCAUCUGUUGUACCCGGCUGUGAAUGUUGUUUUCAUCCAUCGAAUAUCUUAUAUCGAUGUUUGGGAGAACCUAUUUUAGAAAGAAACUCGAAGCAAUUCGUUAUUCUUGCCCGUGCUUCCCGAAUUCAAAACUUUCAGAGGAUCAAAGAAAACUUUCUGAAACGUUAACAAUGACAUUUUACAUUAUAAUGUGUUGAUGAAUGCUGCAAAACAAUCAAUCUGAUGGGAAGCCUUACCAUCCACCAACCAAACCUUCUUCUCUUCGGAACACUGACUGUUUCCCUUUCCU